GCCAAGCUCCAAGACCCUGCAGGCAGCUUGACUCCAUGGAGACUGGAUGGAGUCCAGUCUGGCCAGGCAAUCAGCUGAUCUGCAGCGCACUGUGCACUGGUCUAGAGUCUAGACCAGAUGAGCACACACCCCCCAGAACAAGCCUCCCCGCCGGGCAGCACAAGGCUGUUGAGUUGAGCCUCCAUCUCCAUGACGCCUGCCCUUCACGGAGCUCAUUUUCGCCCGCAAGGGACGCAUGACAUAGAUCGCAACGUUUUAGGUCCAGGAAGAAGCGCCGCCGUGGCCUACGAAAUGAUGGCUACCAUCCCUCAAGAGCAUGCCCCGCCGUUCAAUCCGGACGACGCGCGCACCGCCUUCCAUCGCCGGAGCGUGUCUCUCGCGACGGCCACCGCGCAUCUGCGAGAUGCGAACCAGGCGUGGUCGUCGCCCACCCUUUUCGCUCCCCCACAGCGCACGCCGCUGCCCGAUCUCCCGCCUUUGUUAGAAAUUUGCGGCAACGACGGAGCCGCAGCGCAGGUUGCUGACGCGGCGCAGCGGAGAGAUGCGUCGGGAGAGCAAAUGGCCAACGUGGCACUGUCAGACGCCGUCGCUAAUGGCCAGCUUCGUGGUGAAGAGGUGCCAGGCAUGCGGCCGUUAGGGCGAACCCGCUCUCAGGCCAUCGGACCCACUUACCCCAAACCGCGUGCGACCCUAAUCGCGUCGCCUUCUCAGCGCUUCGCGCCGCACGCGUUCUCGGCGAGCUUGAAAUCGAAGACAAACGAGCACGCGGCGCGCAUCAGGAACAUGAUGCUGAAAGAGAGUCUCGAGCCCUCGGAGCCGGCUCUGGUGCCGCCCUCGACGGAGCACCCCGCGGCUGCACUCGACGACUCCGACAACCCGCGCGCACCGCCGGAGAGACCGCUCCUAAACUCUCCGCUGCGGCAGCAGCAGCGGGAUUUAAGCGGCGAAACAUCGGUGGAAGCAACGGUUACGGCGGGGGUUCACAGGCGGGGGGGUAGCAACCAGUGGACGGGGCUGGCGGCGCAUUCUCCGCACCCCCCGCCUGCGAGCGCGCUGAGUCGGCGCGGCAGCAUCACCAGCAGCCACGCCCGAGACAGCAGUUACGGCAGCGGCAUUAGUGGCUUCAGCGGUAUUAGCUUCAGCGGCAGUAGCGCUAGCAGCGUCGGCACGAGCGGCGCGCAUAGCGGCAUGAGCAGCAACGCGGGGCUGCCGGCGGUAGCAGGCAUCGCGCCAAUCACCGCUCCCCCCGUCUCCCCGGGUCUACACUCCGCCGAUCCUAUCGCUGUCUGCACCGCUGCUACGGGUAGGGUAGCGCCAGUCACACUCGAGUUACCGGCUUCGCCUGCGUCGUCAGCGUCGCCGGCGUGGUCGCCUGCGCCAGUGUCGCCGGACGACAGGGGGUUCUUCCCUACCAUUCGCAGGGCGAUCUCUCUCGCCGUGCCGCGUGCCAGGCCGCCGCAGCCGCAGCAGCCGCCAUUGCCACAAGGCCAUCCCGUGCUCCAGAUACCACCGAGAAUUAAUCCCCUCCUUGCCCCAUCGAAUACUGAACCGUCACCUUCGUCUCGUGACGUGGCUCUAUCCCAUUCGUCAGCGCAGCAGAGAAUCGAAACCGCGGUUUGCCCCAGAUGCGGGCACACGAUGGCUCCCCCCUCUUCCGAGGGCGGGCGGGGGUCCGCGCAGGAUGCGGAGGGGCGGAAGGUCCGGCGGCGCGUGCCGGCCGCAGCGGUGGAAGCGGCGGCGAUGGCGGCUAAAGCUGCGCAAGCCGCCGCGACGGCCGCAGAGGCGGCUGCCGCCGCCGCUAAGGAGGCCGCCAACGCCGCCGCCGCUGCCGCCGCAGCGAUCGCGGAGGAAACAGACAGUGACUGUUGGGAGAGUGACUGUACGGGGGAAGACCCGGGGAAGGGCGCCGUAGGAGGCGCCGGAUGGGUCAGGGGAGCGGGCGACGAGGCGGCAGUGACAGUUGAGGCUAGAGGGUCGUCUGGCGGCCACGGGCAGGCGGAGGGGAGAGGCGGGGAGGACACGCGGUGUGAGGCGGUAGAGUGCGGGGAAGGCGGUGCGAUGGGCGCGGGGGAAGGGGAAAGAGCGGCGGAAGAAAGCGCAGAGGCAGCGCGGGCGGAAGCAGAGGAAGGAGCAGGGGCAGACCCAAGGGGGGGAAGUGAGACGGCUGCGGGGGGGUAUGGGGAGCCAGGGGGUGAUGAGGCGGAGGCAGGGGCAGGAGGAGAAACAGGCGCAGGGGCGGGGGGACGGGGGCAGAGGGCGCAAGGCAAAUACAAGCAAAGGUCGCCCCGGCCUGUGACUGUAGCGAGGAGAGGUUUUCGUGCUGCGCUCUCGGCGCAGUCGUCCCCCAGCGCGAGCAGCAGCGCGGCCAGUGAGGACGCGGGGGCGAGGGGACGGCGCGAGGGCGCGGGGGAGGCGAGGGAGGAGGAAGGGGCGCGGGAAGGCAUGUCGCCGGGGCAUGCGGCGCGGCUGUCUCCGUCGCCCCACUCGCCCCAGACGCACGAGCCCUCGCGCCUGUCGCCCUCUGCGCGAUCGCCGCAUGCCACGUCUCCACGGGCUGCGGUGGCGGCAGCAGUGGGUGUGUCGCCGCGAGCAGGCGUGGGGGCCCGCGCGGACUCGCCGUCGCCCUCGCCCUCGCAUGGUGCGCACUACCCGGGCGCCCGCCACAGCAGCGGCGACGACGAGCGCUGCCACGACCACGAGCACAGCACGUAUGGUGGUGCUUCGCCCUCCGGGGCCAUUCAUCCCCCCGCCCAGCACGGGCAGCACGGGCAGCCUGCUUGGCAGCCUGCUUGGCAGCCUGCGGGGCAGCCGGCGGGGCUGCCCGUGAGCCCGUCCCUGGAGGCGUACCUCACAGACGGGCGCGACGAGGCAGGGAGUGCCGCACAGGACGGCUGCCAUGAGGCGCGCGGUGACGGCUGCCAGGACCGGGAGGGCCCUGACACCUGCCAUGAGGGGCACGCGGACGACACGGACAACAUGGGAGGCGUGGGAGGCGUGGGAGAGAUGGGGGGCAUGGAGGAGGGGCUUGCGGAUGGCAUCAGCGGCAGCCCUCUCGCUACAUCCAGCAGGCCUCCUAAGUCGCCCAAGCCGGAGCCUGCACUGUCGCCCCACACUGCGCUGUCGCCGCACACUGCGCGGGGUAGGGGAGGGGAGCGGGCAGGGGGGGAGAGGGCGCGGGAGGAGGAGGGGCGCGAGGGGGGCGGGGAGCAACGCAGGCGGCAGGCGCGAGCACGCCAGGCGCCUCUGAGGUCGCCGCGGUCGCCGCGAACACGAGCGGUGAGGGACGGUGCGUGGCGGUGCAAGUCCAUGCAGGACGUUGCUGGACGAUCCGCCAGCAGCGUCAGCGGUGGCGUUGGCGCCGCUGCUGGCAGUGGCAGCGGCGGCGGUGGUGCUGUGCCCGCUAGACCCGCCUCGCGCACGCGGUCCUUCCGACAGCCGUCGCCGCGCGGGGCGCACAAGGGAGCAGCAGGGGGGGGUGGGGGCGCAGGGGGAACUGGGGCGGGGGGGAGAGUGCUGCGCAAGGCGGGGUCAGAGUCAGAGGCGCGGGAGGGAGGUGGGGGGAGCAGACGAGAGACGGGCGGCAGGAGCGGCGGCGGGCAGGCGUCCCCGUCGCCCAGGGCGCGCUCCAAGUCGCCAGCGGAGGGACCGCGGUCGCCACGCGCAGCAGGCAGGUCGCCGCGCCCAAGGCUACCGUCCCCCACGACAGGGCUGGUGGGCGGGGAGGUAGGCGCGGGGGGGAGGAGCAGGCAGCCGCGCAAGGUGAGCAGCUGGGGCGGGCCUGGCGGGGCAGAGGGCGGGGCAGGGGGAGAGGGGGAGGGGGAGGGGGAGGCGGAGGUGGAGGAAACAGGGCGAGGCUCGGGAGCGGAGAGAGGGAGAGCGGGGCGGGGAAUCUCGCAGGGCGGUAGGGGCCAGGGGGGCUCGUCGUCCUUCUCGUCGGGGUCGCGGCGCGUGACGGACUUCAUCCUGGGGCGGCCGUACCGCGACGUGGGCGAGGCGUACGAGGUGGGCGGCGAGCAGCUGGGCGUGGGGCAGUUCGGCGUGAUCCGCGCGUGCGUGAGCCGCAGCACGGGGCAGGCGAUGGCGUGCAAGGCCAUCAGCAAGGCGCGCAUCGAGGUGCAGGAGGACGCGGAGGACGUGGCGAAGGAGGUGCGCGUGCUGCAACAGCUGCGGGGCCACCCCUGCAUCGUCAAGAUCCAACGCGCCCUGGAGGACACCCAGCACGUGCACAUCAUCAUGGAGAUCUGUCGGGGCGGCGAUCUGUUUGACCGCAUCAAGGCGGGCGGCAGGCUGAGCGAGCGCAGUGCGGCGGUGAUCACAGAGCGGCUGGUGGAGGCGCUGCUGUUCUGCCACGCACGCGGCGUGGUGCACCGCGACGUGAAGCUCGAGAACAUCCUGCUCAAGCACCACGGCGACGACUCCGACAUCCGCCUCACUGACUUCGGCAUGGCGGCUGAGUUCCGCCAAGGCGAGGUAUUGACAGAGCUGAUCGGCACGCCAUACUACAUGGCGCCCGAGGUGCUGGCGGGGGCGUACGGGCCGGACGCGGACAUCUGGAGCGCGGGGGUGGUGCUCUACAUCCUGCUGUGCGGGCUGCCGCCCUUCUACGCGGCGAGCAACGAGGGCAUCUUUGAGGCGAUCCGCAGCAAGGAGGUGCAGUUCCAGUCCGCCAAGUGGCAGGGCGUGAGCGGCGGGGCGAAGCUGCUGAUUGCGAGCAUGCUGGAGAAGGACCCGCAUGAGCGGAUCACUGGCGAGGAGGUUCUAGAUCAUCCAUGGAUAAAAGAAAAUGUGCUUGAGAACUGACUUAGGUUAAUCUAAUCAUCGUAAAUAAUGUGUUGCAAGGCUGAUGAUAAUGUAUUGUCUUAGAGGCAUAUAUGCGUAUCAGUUCGGUGUGGAAUUUUACUCGGGGACUUCAAGUG